CCAGCUCUCCUACUCACAACAACAUGAAGGUGACCGUCGCCGUGUGUCUGCUGGCCGUGGCUGGGGCAGCGCUCGCCCGCCCACAGUACCAACAUGGACCGCCCAACGCCUACAGGCCAGCUCCUUCCUAUAAUGAGGUGCCCCGCUACGCCUUCGAUUACGGCGUGCAGGACAACUUCGGCAACAACUACGGCCACCAGGAGAGUCGCGACGGCUACGACACCAAGGGCUCCUACUACGUGCAGCUGCCCGACGGCCGCCUGCAGCGCGUCAACUAUUACGUCAACGGCGACUCGGGCUUCGUGGCGGAGGUCACCUACGAGGGCCAGGCGCGCUACCCAGCCUACAGCCCAGCCCCAGCUACCGACCCGCCCCAGGAUACAGCCCUGCACCAGCCUACACACCCGCCCCGCAUUACGGAUAAAAAAGCCUCUAAUCACCUCUUCAAGCACUUCAAGCACCGUCCCGUCGCAGCCAACACAGCACAAGGCGCCUCUACAGCUAUUUAUAUACUCGAAUGUAAAUAUUUUUGUACGAAUCUUUGUUAAGAGAGUAAAGACCGCGUGAACUGAA